AUGCAGCGUCUCCUGUGCUGUGACAAAGUAUAUGAAGAAAAUCCAGCUUAUAUAGUUGGAAAGGGGAAGAGUAUUUUAAUAGCCUUUUCAGAUAAUUACCAGUAUCCUUUGGAUACUACAUCAAUAUUUGACAAAUGGCAAAAGACUGAGUAUCAUUUCAUUAGCUGGAUGUACCAAUUUAUCCAUUCACCUACUGAAGGAUAUCUGAAUUGCUUGCAAGUUUUGGCAGUUACGGAUAAAGCUGUUAGAGACAUCUAUGGGCAGGUUUUUGGUUCUCAAAAUUCAUUUCUACAAAUUGUAGUUCCAGAGAAAAUCCAAGCAAAUACAAGUUAUAAUUCAGAAGCAGAAAAUGAACAGAUAUCCUAUACUAUUAAAAUAGAUGAGAAGCCAUACACUGUGCAUCUUAAGCAAAGUUUUUUUUUAGCACAUAAUUUUAUGGUUUAUUUGUAUAACCAAGGAUCUGUGAAUUCUCAUCCUUCAGAUAUUCAGGUAAGAUUUAAGUUUUAUAUUUUACAGAUUUUUAUAAUCUUUUUUACAUUGAUUAAAUGUACUGGGCUCUUAGGAAUACUGCAGUUUGAAAAUGUUUCUUAUGGAAUCGAGCCUCUGGAAUCUGCAGUUGAAUUUCAACAUCUUCUUUAUAAAUUAAAGAGUGGAAAUAGUGAAUUUGAAGAUCUUAGUGAAGAUAACCAAGGCACAGAACAAAAGCCAGGGGACUAUAACAUUUUUGUAAGUGAAAAGUCAGAAUCAGCUGUUCCAGAUUUAAUUCCUCUUUAUGUGGAAAUGCAUAUUGUGGUGGAUAAAGCUUUGUAUGAUUACUUGGGCUCUGAUAGCAUGAUAGUAACAAAUAAAGUCAUUGAAAUUAUUGGCCUUGUAAAUUCGAUGUUUGCCCAAUUUAAAGUUACUGUUGUGCUGUCAUCAUUGGAGUUGUGGUCAGAUAAAAAUAAGAUUUCUACAGUUGGUGAGGCAGAUGAAGUAUUGCGUAGAUUUUUAAAAUGGAAAAAGUUCUAUCUAACUCUAAGGCCUCAUGAUAUUGCAUAUUUAUUCAUUUAUAGAGAUCAUCCAGGUUAUGUAGGAGCAACAAUUCCUGGAAAGAUGUGUGUUACUCAUUAUUCUGCUGGAAUUGCUUUGUACCCCAAGGAGAUAACUUUGGAGGCAUUUUCCAUUAUUGUUACACAGAUGCUCGGACUCAGUCUGGGAAUGUCAUAUGAUGACACAAGGAAAUGUCACUGUUCAGGAGCAAUUUGCAUAAUGAAUCCAGAAGCUAUGCGAUCAAGUGGUGUGAAGACGUUUAGCAGUUGCAGUUUGAGUACCUUUGAAAAUUUCAUUUCAAAUAUGGGUGCCAAAUGUCUUCAGAACAAGCCACGAAUGCGAAAAAGUGCGGUAGCUCUCUGCGGCAACGGCAGAGUGGAGAUAGGUGAAGCGUGUGACUGUGGUACUGAGGAACAAUGUGGACCUGCUAGCUGUUGUAAUCCUCUCACUUGUAUGCUGAAACCAGGAUCACAGUGUGCUGCAGGAUUAUGCUGCAGGGACUGUCAAAUUGAAAGACGAGGUGUUCAAUGUAGGGAAGCAAGACAUCGUGAAUGUGAUAUUGCUGAAUUUUGUGAUGGAGGGUCACCAGAAUGUCCAUAUGAUGUAACUAUAAAGAAUGGACAUUUAUGUAGAAACAGAUAUCUGUGUUAUGAUGGAGGCUGCCAGGAUACAAAUGCACGUUGUGAGAUCACAUUUGGAAAAGGUUCAGAAAAUGCACCAUUUGCCUGCUAUGAAGAAAUACACUCUCAAGCUGAUAGGUUUGGGAACUGUGGUAGAAAAAGAGGUGAAUAUCAGUUCUGUGAAUUGAGGAAUCUUCAGUGUGGAAGAUUGGUUUGUACUUAUCCUACUCGAAUUCCUUUUUUCAAAGAAAGUGGUGCUGUGAUUUAUGCUUUUGUUGAAAAUAAGUUAUGUGUAACCCUAGACUACCUGUCGACUCAAUCAAAACAAGAUCCAAUGAGAAUCUCCAGCGGCUCUUUUUGUGAUACAGGAAGGAUAUGUGUAAAUCACGAAUGUGUAGAUGCAACUGACGUUAUAAGUCAAUCAGUCUUUUGUGCACAGAAGUGCGGAGGACACGGAGUAUGCAAUUCCAAUGAAACGUGCCAUUGCUUUGAGGGCUACCGGCCUCCAUUUUGUGAAAGGCGUGGCAGAGAAGUUUCUAGUUUGUCUGGGAAGCAGGAGGGUUUAACCAUGGGAAGAGCUCUUAGAAAGGCUGAAAAGAACCGGUGGCUUCUAGGUUUCUACAUUGCUUUACCUGUUAUCAUCAUAGCAACCAUAAUAGCUGUUUCAUGGAAUAGUUCAAAAAAGUGGUUUGCCAAAGAAGAGGAGUCCCUAAGUAGCGACUCAGAAGGCAGCACUCACACAUUUGCUAGCAGUAUUAACCUAGAAGCAUUACUUUCACUCUCAUUUAGAUCCGGAUCAGAAAGCAGCAGCCAAAUAGAUACAGCCAGAUCCAGGUCAGAAAGUAGUGCUCAAACAUAUACCAGCAGAUCCAAAUCACAGGAAAGCACCCCAGACACCUAA